AUGCAAAAAAUUAAUGAAAUUAUGAACUCACUUGGAGAAAAUAAAAAGUAUGUAGAGUAUUUAAUAAGAACCCAGCAAUAUGAAUUAUUAAGUCAUGAAGGGUUAAAUGAGGAAAAUAUUUAUGACAUAAUAAAUCAAAUAAAAGAAUUUGAAUUAAUAUAUCCUGAUGGUUUUAUUAAAUAUAUUGAAAAAGGAAGGGAAUUUUUAAAAAGGUCUCAAAUGAAUAUAAAUGAAUAUUAUAAUUAUAAUAUUGACAAACCAGAUAAUUUAAUAAAAAUAAAGUUUCAUCUUACUACUGAUAUAAUAUUAAAAAAAGAAGAUAUAAAAAAUAAUUUUCUUAAUGUGGAUAAUAAAUGGUUAUAUAAUAAUAAAAAUAAAAAUAACAAUAAAAAUAAAAAUAAAAAUACUACUUAUGAUUAUUAUUAUCCUCAUAAUUCUUAUGAUAAUAGAACAAUAUUAAAUAACCAUCAUUGUGUUUCAUCCAAUGAUAAAAUGUUUGACAUUUAUAUUAAUAAACCUUAUCCUACAUAUGUUAAUGGCAUUAGACACAUUAAUGAUGAUCAAUAUAUUAAGAAAGAAAAUUAUAAUAAAGAUAAAAAAAUAAAAUAUGUAGAAGAAGGAAAUAUGUGCGAUAAUAAAUGUGGUUUCAUUAGUUUAAAUAAUAAUGAUAUAGGGUUAUAUGAAGAAUCAAACAUUUUGACAUUAGAAAAAUUUCUUUAUUAUGAAAAAAUAGGUUUAGAUCAUAUAGACAAAAUAUCAUUUAUUUUAUUAGCUGGAGGAUUAGGAGAACGUUUAAAACAUAAAGAUAUAAAAAUAAAACUAUUUACAAAUCUUAUAUCUGAACAAACUUAUAUUGAAUAUUAUUGUAAUCAUAUAAAAUGUUUUGAAAGAUAUAUAAAGAAAGAAAAAAAGAAAAAAAUGAAUAUUCCAUUUAUUAUCAUGUUAUCUGAUGAUACCUAUGAAAAAACAUUAUCCUUUUUUGAAGAAAAGAAUUAUUUUGGGUUAGAAAAAAAUCAAGUACAUUUUUUAAAACAGAAUAAAGUAUUUUGUUUUAAAGAUAAUCAAGGACAUUUAGAUUUUACAUAUAAAAAAAAUACAUUCAUCAUUUCUAAAAAACCACAUGGACAUGGAGAUAUACAUUAUUUAAUAAAUAAAUAUAACAUAUUAGAUAAGUUAAUAAAGGAUGGAUAUAAAUAUUUAUUUUUCUUCCAAGAUACAAAUGCAUUAGCAUUAAAAGUUUUAUUUGUUUGUUUAGGUGUAUCUAUCGAAAAAGAAUUACAUAUGAAUUUCUUAGCUGUAUCUAGAAAACCUGGAGAAGAAAUAGGAACUCUAUGUACUUUGAAUAAUCAAGAAAAAUCUAUGACAAUCAAUUUAGAAUAUAAUAUAUUCGAUUCUUUAUUAUCAUCUAAUGGUAUGAAGGAAAAUAUACAGGAGGAUGGAUUUUCAUUAUAUCCAGGUAAUACAAGUGCUAUCUUAUAUGAAAUAAAUAAAUAUAAUGAUAUAUUAAAAAAAACAAAUGGAUGCAUACCAGAAUAUAUUAACCCAAAGUAUAUGGAUAAUACACGUAAUCAUUUUAAAAGUCCGACUAGGAUAGAAAGUAUGAUGCAGGAUAUAGCAUUGUAUUUUUAUGAACAUAAAAGGAAUAAAGCAACUCAGGAAUGGAACCUAAUAGGAGACAAAAAGGAGAGAGUAAUAGGAGACAAAAAAGAAGAAUUUAUAGGAGACAAAAAAGAAGAAUUUAUAGGAGACAAAAAGGAAGAAUUUAUAGGAGAAAACGAAUCUAUGAUAAUAUCAGAUAGUACUACCAUAAAUAAUAACAUAUAUGAUAAUAAAAAUAACAAUAAUAUGGUUAAUAUAAAUCUAUAUAAUAUUACAAAUGUGGGAGUCACCGAAUUAGAUAGGUGGUUAUGUUUUUCACCUGUUAAAAAUAAUUCCAUAAAUGCAUAUAAAAAAAUUUUAAAUAAUAUACAUCCAGAAUGUAUGUUUAGCGCUGAAACAGAUUUAUAUUAUAGUAACUGUAGAUUUAUACAAUUAGCAUGUAUAUAUAAUAAAAAGGAAUUUAUUUUAGAUAAAAUUCCAACCAAAACAUUUAAUGGUAUAUCAUAUUUUCUACCUCCUAAAAUAUUAAUAGAACCUGACUUUUCAUUUACAUUAACACAUUUAAUAAAAAAAAUAAAAGGAAACAUAACAAUAAAAAAUGGAGCAACAUUAUGGUUAAAAGCAAAUGCUAUGAUAACAAAUCUUUAUCUUGAUGGUACUCUAAUUAUAGAAAAUAAAACAUAUCAAAAUAAAAAUUAUGAUCAUAUAUCCUUACCUAUAAUAUUAGAUCAAAAUGUAUAUAUAAAAAAUAAAGGAUAUAAAAUAGUACCAACAAAUGGUUUCUAUUAUAAUAAACAAAAAAAAUUCUCAGAUCAUAUCGAGCAAAAUAUUUAUGAAAAUAUUCAAAUUAGGGGAUAUAAUAUAAUUAAAAAGGAAGCCCUAAUCAUAACAAACUAG